AUGGCCUCGGAGUACAAAAAGCGUGGCGGUGGCUACAACCAAAGCAAGGAAGAAGGGCAGGAUGAGAGUCAAAAGCAUUUGGAUGACUGGACAAAGGAAGACUGGCAGACCAAAGAGGGAAGUGGCACUGCAAAAAAGAGUGAUGGCUCAAGACAGAGAUACCUCCCGAAGGAAGCAUGGGAGAAAUUGAGCGAUAAGGAGAAAGAGAAAACGGAUAAGAAGAAGUUAAGCGAAUCAAAGAAGGGGAAGCAGUUUGUUGGGAAUACAGGGGGUGCAAAGGAAGCGGGUCGUAAUGCUAGGAAGCACGAUGAGAGGGGUGAAGAAGACAAGGAAGGAGACAAGGAAGGUGACAAGGAAGGAGACGAGGAUGAGGACAAGAAUGCAGACAAUGACGAAGAUGGAGAGGAUGAAGAUGGAGAGGAUGAAGAUGGAGAGGAUGAAGAUGGAGAGGAUGAAGAUGGAGAGGAUGAAGAUGGAGAGGAUGAAGAUGGAGAGGAUGAUAGCGAGGGAAAGGGAAAAAAUGGAAAAAAGGGCCCGAGACAAGGAAGAGAAAAGGGAAAGCAGAAGGCUGGAACUAAAAGGAGUGCGAAACAGGCAAAUGGAUCAAACAAGAGGCAGGAGGUCAAGCAGACAGGGAAAUAA